AUGUUUACGUCUCGUUUACCACCUCCUACCAAAACAGUGCAUGCAGAUAGUGAAAUUUAUCAGCGGAGUAACGAACGUAUUGUCGAAAGGUUAAUUAAACAGCCUAUAACGGUAUCUUCCCAAUCGGUUGCAAACAAACUUAAUUUUCAGGAUUUUUUACCAUUACGUCAAAGGAAUUUUGAUAUAGAAAUCCCGUUACCUAACGCAGAAGAAAUUAGGAAAGCCACGAAUAAAACCAAAAAAGUCUUUGACAGUCUUUUACAAAAUAAAUUAGAAUCUAAUGGAACGUCUGUCGCAAACAAGAACCACAAGAACGUGAGCUCGAAUGUUGUUAGGUACGGAAAAAGUGGAACGAGUAAUGUAGUCGAAAUGGAGAUUGUCGAAGCUGUUCAAGAUCCUCUUCAACCAUCCAGAAAAAAAUUUAGGAAAGCAGUUGCCCCAAUAUCAGGUGAAGAAGUGACACCUAUUUACAAUUCUUCUAAUGAAAAGAAAUUAACGAAAGAAGAAAUUAGAAAAUGGAAUAUCCCAUCAGCGAUAUCUGCUUGGAAAAAUCCAAAUGGUUAUACAAUAUCACUCGAUAAACGUCUGGGUGGGAAAAGGUCCUUGGCUCCAAACGAAGUUAGUUCCAAAUUCACAGACCUAUCAGACGCUUUGGAACUGGCAGACAAAAGAGCUAGAGAAGAACUUUCUCAUAGGAAUGAACGACGGAAAUUACUCGCAUCCCAUUCCGGUACACCUGUACAAGAAAGAGAUGGGAAGCGACUAUAUAACGCAGGACCUGAAAAAACGACAGGUACCGAACACGCGAAGAUAAAGGCAGAAGAAAAGGAACUGGUUAGCCGAUAUGGUGAAAGAAGAAAUAAAAAUGAUGUUGCUCAGCGGUUGAGAAAAUUAGCAUAUGCGGCGGGUACAUCGCUGUCUGAUAAAGUGAUAUCUGGUACUGUGGCAGCUUCAAAAACUCCAAGAGUUGAUUAUGAUACAAGGCUAUAUUCUAAGGGAAAUAAAGUUCACUCCAAAAACUCGGAACCAUUUUAUGAUGAUCCAUUAUUCGUUCAACAAGAUAUUGAGAAUAUUUAUAGGACUAAAGACACCACCAGUAUACCACCAACAUCUGCCGAAGCCAGACCUGUUGCAUUCACUAAAAAGACAGAUAUCGAUGAGAGCGAGACUAAGGGAAAAUAUGGGUUAAGUAAGUGA